GCUCCAUGGCGAGCUGAAGGGGCCCAGCGCACGCUUUGCUGCUUAAAUUUAUUGCAAGUUCGGCAUCUUCAGCGAGGCUUGGGCCGUCCGCGGCUCCUCCGGCAGCCGCCGGGCCGGGGCCGCUGUGCCGGCUGCGGGGGCGGGCCGGGCGGCGCCGGGCGCUAUAAAGCGGCGGCGGUGCCAUGGCAGGCGGCGGUGUCGCGGCGUGUCGGGGCGCUGUGGCGCUGGGGAAGGAGGUCCGGCGGUGCCAGCAUGGUGGAUGUGUUCAGCGGGCGGCUCCUGGUCAGCAAGGAUGGCCGCAGCGUGGACCCCGAGGAGGCCCUGCAGAACAAGGUCGUGGGCUUGUACUUCUCCGCCGGCUGGUGCUCGCCGUGCCGCGACUUCACCCCCGUCCUCUGUGACUUCUACACGGAGCUGCUGGAGGAGACCGAGCCCCCCGCCCCCUUCGAGGUGGUCUUCAUCUCCUCCGACCACAGCGCCGAGGAGAUGGUGGGCUACAUGCGCGCCAUGCACGGGGACUGGCUGGCCCUGCCCUUCCACGACCCCUACAAGCAUGAUCUGAAGAAGAAAUACAACAUAACAGCAAUUCCUAAACUGGUGAUUGUGAAACAAACUGGAGAAGUCAUUACUGACAAGGGAAGAAAACAGAUCAGAGACAAAGGGCUAUCGUGUUUCCGGAACUGGCUUGAGGGUGCAGAUAUCUUUCAGAAUUUUUCUAGCUAAAAUGUUGACAAAUAAAAGCCAGAAAAGGCAUUGUGGAAAAGUUGGUAGAGCUCUGAAAAGACUCCUGCUUUGUUGAGAAUGAGAAGGGUAAGACUUAUUUAUUUACCUUUUCUUGUAAACAAAUUCUAGGUUUGACUUGAAAACCAGUUAUUCCAGUGUCAUAAAGUACAAUUAUUGUUGUAUUGUUCUAUCCGUGAUAUUUAAUAUGAACCACAACAUUCCAAAUAAUACUGAAGAACUUCAGCAGAAUAGGCCGUUUAGACAAUAAUAAUAGAAACCUAUGAAAUCUAUGCAAACAAUUACUUUGCAAAGUAAACACACUAAAAAUAAAUGCAAAAAACCUAUUUAUUGAUGACU